ACACUUCGUACACACUAGUCUAUAAAACUCCCAAAGAAGACACAGAGAAAAAGAAAGAAGAGACGGAGAAAAGUGAAAAAUGGAGGCACCGAAGACGAUUCAGCACGAAAUCGGAGGAGUACAAAACGACGCGCUUCGAUUCGGCCUCCAAGGCGUUAAGAGUGACCUCGUCGGAUCUCACCCUCUCCAAUCUGCUUACGAAUCUGCGAAGAAAACGCAAGAGGAGAUGAGGAGAAAAGUCCUGGCUAAUACUUAUGGGACAGCAUUGCCGCUCAAAAUGGAUCUCGAUAGGCAAAUUCUGUCGCGGUUUCAGAGGCCGUUGCUCCCAUCUUCGAUGCUGGGGUUGGAAGCAUUGACAGGAACUUUAGAUGAUUUUGGAUUUGAGGAUUAUCUGAAUGAUCCUCGAGAGUCUGAGACUCUGCGGCCACUUGACUUGCACCAUAGCAUGGAAGUUCGCCUUGGCCUAUCCAAGGGACCACUCUGCCCUAGUUUUAUAUGAUUUUGAAUCACUGCUUGAGUGUAUCACAAAGGGAAUGUCAGUACUGAAUGAUUGUUGAUGGAUUUUAUUAUAAUAGCCAACUCAAGGAUUGAAGAUAUAGUAUGAUGUGUUGCUUUACCUCAUUCAGACCCUUUGUUGUAUGCAGUUGUCCCAAGUAUGAAUUAACAUUUGGCAUCACGGAUGCUAUUAAAAUUCUAAAUCUUUUGCUCUUGGCUA